UAGUCCCAUUUUGCCGUCACUCGUUCAAUGUCACUCGACACUCGUGUAGCUCUAUCCGCCAGUUAUCUUUCUUGCCGCCAGCAGUGAGUGCAAAAAAACAUGGCGGAAUUUCCAGCACCGAACAAGAAUCCGGAGAUAAAAUGCACCCAGGUUUUCAUCAAUAAUGAGUGGGUAAACUCCGUGUCCGGUCGGACAUUCCCGACGGUGAACCCUGCCAAUGGCGAGAAGAUUGUCGACGUCCAGGAGGGAGACAAGGCUGAUGUCGACAAGGCAGUGGCGGCGGCGAAGGCAGCGUUCGAGCUUGGCUCCCCCUGGCGGCAGAUGGACGCCAGUGAUCGGGGACUGCUGCUCAACCGCCUUGCAGACCUGAUAGAAAGGGAUAUUGGCUAUAUCGCUAGCUUGGAGACUAUCGACAACGGGAAGCCGUUUAAUAACGCUGUGGGCGACAUCCGGUUCAGCAUCAAGGUGUACCGCUACUACGCCGGCUGGGCAGACAAGGUCCAGGGACGAACCAUCCCUGUCGACGGUUCAUUCUUCUGCUACACCCGCCAUGAACCAGUUGGCGUAUGUGGCCAGAUCGUUCCGUGGAACUAUCCAUUCGCGAUGUUGACGUGGAAGAUUGCACCUGCCGUUGCCAUGGGUAACGUGUGCGUCAUCAAACCCGCGGAACAGACACCGCUGACGGCCUUGUACACGUGCGCGCUCCUCAAGGAGGCUGGUUUCCCGCCUGGUGUGGUGAACAUGGUCCCUGGCUAUGGUCCCACGGCCGGCGCCGCCAUCAGCGAACACAAGGACGUGAACAAGGUCGCCUUCACCGGCUCCACAGAGGUGGGUCAGAUCAUCAUGCAGGCUUCCGGUAUGAGCAACCUGAAGCGGACCACACUCGAACUGGGCGGCAAAUCACCGAACGUCAUCUUCCCGGAUGCUGACAUGGACCUUGCUGUUGAGAACGCUAACGAGGCGGCGAUGACGAACAUGGGCCAGUGCUGUGUUGCUGGGUCGCGAACGUUCGUGCACGAGGACAUUUACGAUGAGUUCGUGCGCAGGUGCGUGGAGCGCGCAAAGAAGCGGACCGUGGGCGACCCCUGGAGCAACGUGGAGAACGGACCUCAGAUUGAUGAGGAACAGAUGAAUAAAAUCCUAUCCCUUGUCGAUUCUGGGAAGGAGCAGGGCGCUAAGCUCCAGUGUGGCGGUUCCCGGUUAGGCGACAAGGGGUUCUAUAUACAACCUACAGUCUUUUCCGAUGUCACCGACGAUAUGAGGAUCGCACAGGAAGAGAUUUUUGGCCCUGUCCAGAGCAUCUUCAAGUUCAAGACGAUGGGGGAGGUGUUACGGCGCGCAAACGACACGAGCUACGGGCUGGCGGCCGCCUGCUUCACCAACGACAUCAACACGGCCAUGACCUUCACACAGGGGAUCAAGGCCGGAUCUGUAUGGGUCAACUGUUACGAGGUUGUGAAUGCACAGUCACCCUUCGGCGGGUUCAAGAUGUCCGGCAUCGGAAGAGAGCUGGGCGAAUACGGACUCCAGCAGUACACAGAAGUGAAAAAUGUUGUGAUCAAAAUCCCUCAGAAGAAUUCGUAAAGUUGGCGGAAUUAUCCUACAGUUUGUGCCAUACAAUGUUCCCGCGAAUGUGCUUAUAUUUAAGCUGUAACAGCUUGAUGUGCCGUUAAUCUAGACGUGUUAAUGUUAUUUGUAAAUACCUUAAACAGCCGAGAGUAAGCCUUUAAAAUAUAUGUCAAUCCCAUGGUUCAAGGGCCGAGAACGUAUUAACUCUUAAUUGAUAAAUGUAAGGUUAUCUGUUUUUUGUGUUGUCUUUAAAAACGCAUUUUUUCAGGCUUUUCAGGGCUUUGCAUCAGUAUUACCCUUUACAACGUUGAUUCAAGUUGAAUGAUAUUGAAUUAAAGAACUUUUUAUCUUC